AUGAGUCGCACCCAAGUAACUCGUCUUCAGCACUGGCAGCCGGUGUUAAUCCACAUCCUCGCUAUUAUCAGAGUUAUGUUUCAAGAGCUAGUAUUCAUUGUUGCUGUAACGUCGAAUCACCAUAAUAGGAUAUUGAAAAAACUUAACCAUAGAAAUCCUAAGGGUGUCGCCGAAGAAUCAAAAUGUCGUCUCCCAUCAGGAAAUGACAUCUCCCUAAAAUUAGCGUUCAUCGAUCCUUUCCUCUCGGGUUUGUUAGAUGGUCCUAAUAAAGGUGUAUACUUGUGCUGGACGAACGAGCCAAAUUUGAAGGCAAAGAGAUCAUAUAGCAACAUGCGCCCUGACCUUUUCAUUACCAAAAAUGCUAGCAUUAGGUGGGCAAGAAGUUUAGGAUAUGGAGAAGCCAGCCCUACUACCCGCAAAAGUAACCAGUACCUAGUAUACCAAGAUCUCAUCAAGAUAGUACUUUUUUGCAAGGAAUCGUUAGACGAGCACUUGAUGGAGGAAGUUCUAAGGAUUCACAUAGUUGGUCGAACAGUUGGUUUUUACAUCCUUGUAUUGUCUGCUGAUGCCACAUAUGUGAUGUACUUACUGGCAGGAAUUAAGGUCCCGGAUUCUAUCCAUGAUUUACAUCAUUUCAUUACCGAGCUUCCAUUGAUCUUCAAGAUUCUGCAUGUCUUUGACACAAUGUGUGUAUGUUCCGAUGUUCCUGAAAACGUUGCAAGUCAACGCGCACCAACAAUGUCAUCAAGAAUAUUAUAG